UUGACUUCCUCCCUUUCCAAAGCCCCUUCAGGGCAAUGGGAAGGAAGGCGGGAGAGAGAGGCGCUCCACUGGAGGAGGGCGCGGCGACUUGCACAGGGCAACACCGGGGGAGCCAGCGAGGGCGGUCGCCCAGCCGAGGAGGCGGAAGGAGGAGAGCCGGACUGGGUGCCACAAUCCGGCUGGGACCUUCGGCCGGAGUCCAGAAACCACAGGCAAGCAAGCAUCCGGGCAGCAGCAAGCCGCGCUGGGGAGGACGCCUGCCUCCUCUUCCUCCUCGAGGGGGCGUCACUUCUGGAGCAAAUCCUCAUUCUUCCGAAAAGGGAGAAAGAAAGGAGGAACCUCGGCUUACUUUUUAGGAGGAAACUGGCAAUGGGGAGGGACGUAGAGGAGCGCUCCGGGUUGGCGGCCUGAUCCAGCGCGGUCCCUGGGAAACCAGACUCCCACGGAUUUACUUUUUCCUAGACGGGAUGUUUGGGACCGGCGCUUCACUUUGUCGUUGCGCUCACAGUCAUUCUCCCUUGGUCGGAUCUAAAGGGGGGGGGGGGGCAGGGGGUCUCUGCCGGCAGGGACCUCAUCCCCAACAGGUGUGGUGAACGUCUGGGGCUAAGUUCUUAUCCCAGCCGAUGGGUUUGAAUCAGGGAGCCAAAUCAAGAAGUGCUGCCAGAGAGACCAUGUUGCAUUGGCCUGUGUUCUCUCCCCGCCCCCGCCCCCGCCCCCGCCCCCGCCCCCCGAGUAAACUGAAGAAGUUGAUGAUCUACUUGGGAGUUUUCUUAAUGCCGGUUUGGGUUAGGGAGACCAUGCCUCUGUGAGAGAAGAGCAGGGAAGGGACGUGAAGGAAAGAGGAAUACAGGGGAAACUUGUCAGUCAGAUUUUUUUCGACCGUUUCCGCCAAUUUGCACAGGUUUUGUUCCCCCGGACUUGAGAAGCCCAACGCCAACAAUAAAUUGAGUCUUGUGGGGAUUACUCCCUGGAGCAGGACCAGCGGUCUGCGCAUGCUCACAGUGGCCCGUCUUAAUCUUGCUUCACGCGAAAACACGCUCAGCAGCCUUGGCGGAUGGUGGCACCUGCCUCGGGGCAGCAUGAUCCCGGUAGCUGAAUUCAAGCAAUUCACAGACCAGCAGCCUGCUUUCAAAGUUCUCAAGCCCUGGUGGGAUGUUCUGGCUGAAUACAUCACAAUUGCCAUGCUGAUGAUAGGUGUUUUUGGCUGUACUCUGCAAGUAACACAAGACAAGAUUAUUUGUCUUCCAAACCAUGUCCCUAGUGGUACACCCUUUGCUGAUGCCACUUGUGAAGAUUUCACCAAGAUAAUAAACGCUUCCGAGACAACUGAGUCCCCCACCUAUAAGGAAAUGAGUGGAUUACAAAACAACCUGGACCUACAACAAUAUAACUACAUCAAUCAGAUGUGCUAUGAGACAGCCCUCCAUUGGUAUGCCAAAUACUUUCCCUACCUGGUCGUCAUCCACACCCUCAUCUUUAUGGUGUGUGCUUCUUUUUGGUUCAAAUUUCCUGGUACCAGUUCCAAGAUUGAACACUUCAUCUCCAUCCUGAGCAAGUGCUUUGAUUCACCUUGGACUACUAGGGCCAUCUCAGAAGUCUCUGUGGAAAACCAGGACAGUGCAAGCCCAGCAAAGAGGGAUCGGAGAAGGAAAAGUAGUGCUCCCAGUGAAUCUGUUGAGUUUAACCCCGUAUCGGGAUCCAUUAUAGAUAAGAAGGUUGCAGAGUCCUCCACUCCCAUUAGCCUCCUGGAUAAAAAGGAAGGGGAACAGGCCAAGGCUCUCUUUGAAAAAGUGAAGAAGUUCCGGCUCCAUGUGGAAAAGGGAGACAUCCUUUAUACCAUGUACAUUCGCCAAACCAUUCUCAAAGUCUGCAAGUUCUUAAUCAUCACUGCCUACAAUGCUGCACUAGUUCACAAUAUUAGCUUUAUAGUGCCAUGCAGUAUCAAGAUGGAAGACAUGACAGGCUAUGACCAUUUCUGCUGUAAUCACACCAAAGCACAUCUGUUCUCUAAGCUAGCCAUCUGCUACAUCUGCUUUCUUGGAUUAUAUGGCAUGACCUGUCUCUAUACUCUUUACUGGCUGUUCCAUCGGCCACUUAAAGAGUAUUCCUUCAAGUAUGCACGUGAGGAGACUGGCAUCAGUGACAUUCCUGAUGUCAAGAAUGACUUUGCUUUCAUGCUCCAUCUUAUAGACCAGUAUGAUUCCCUUUACUCCAAGCGGUUUGCUGUUUUCCUCUCAGAAGUCAGCGAAUGCAAGCUCACACAGCUCAACCUCAACCAUGAGUGGAUGGUAGAGAAACUACGGCAGAAGUUGCAGAAGAAUCCUCAUGGCCGGUUGGAACUUCACCUCUUCAUGCUACCUGGGUUACCUGACACUGUCUUUGAACUGACAGAGGUGGAGUCUCUGAAACUGGAGCUCCUCAAAGAUGUUACAUUCCCAACAUCAGUAACUCAGUUGGUCAAUCUUCAAGAGCUUUCACUGAUCAACUGUCCUGUGAAACUGCCUUUUACUGGUCUUAUAUUCCUCCGUGAACAGUUGAAGGUUAUGAAUGUAAAGUUUGAUGAGAUCAAAGAUAUACCACUGUGGACUUACAACUUGAGAAGUCUGGAAGAGUUACACAUCUCAGGGCUUUUCAGCCAGGAGCUAGGCCGGACAGGAACUCUGGAAAACCUGCGUGAGCUAAAGAACCUGAAGACUCUAAUGCUGCAUAGCAACAUUUCAAAAUUGCCCCCCAGUGUGACUGAUGUUGCCAGUCAUCUGCAGAAGCUAAUAAUCCGUAAUGAUGGGACUAAACUAGUGACUCUCAAUAAUCUGAAGAAGCUCUUCUCUGUGCAAGAAGUACAGCUGAUCAACUGCAAUCUGGAACGCAUCCCCCAUGCCGUCUUCAGCCUAGUGAAUCUGCAGGAGUUGGAUCUUAAAGACAACCAACUACAUUCCAUUGAGGAGAUCAUCAGUUUCCAGCACUGCCGCAAGCUAACAUCUCUCAAACUUUGGUGCAACCACAUCACCACCAUCCCUGAUCAUAUUCGCAAACUCAAGACUUUAGAGCGCCUUGACCUCAGCCAUAACAACAUUGAGAACCUCCCUAACCAACUAUUCCAGUGCAAUAAACUGCGUUAUCUGGAUCUUUCCAACAAUAACAUCCGGGUCAUCCCUCCUGGGAUGGGAGCCCUAUAUAACCUUCAGCAUUUUGCCAUUUCUCACAAUUCCUUGGAGGCACUGCCUGAUGAACUCUUUUUCUGCAAGAAACUCAAGACUCUCAAAGCAGGAUACAACAAACUGCACCGCCUCUCUCAACGUGUGGGCAGUCUGGUUUUGCUGACCACACUAGAGCUGAAAGGGAACCAACUUGAAUUCCUGCCCCGGGAAAUUGGCAUGUGCCGUGCCCUCAAACGUUCUGGUCUGGAGAUAGAAAGCACAGUCUACGAGUCAUUGCCUUUAGAAAUCAGAGAGAAGUUGGAGGAGGAAUGAUGGGAAGAGUGAAAGAAUUGGUGGGUUUCGCCACACAGAUAUGGAGUGAAUAGGAAUUUUGCUGCACUCUCCAUACUGUUUGGAUUUUUUUCCUCUCUUGCUCUCCUCUCCCAUGCUAUCUGUGGGGCAGAUCCGGCAAAGCAAGGCAAGCAGACUUCAGUAUUAGGCUGGUAAGAGGAAAGGAACGGAUCACUUCCAUCUUUGUAAGGAAAUAUCAACAAUUAGUGCAGCAGAGACAUAACAAAAGACAAAUUGACUCGUUUGAAAAAUAAUUUUUAAGAACUAAUAAAUAGCAGGAAUUACUCAUGAGAAAGAAAUGGUUGUGCCAGACCAAACCUUCACUAGAUUUUUUAAAUAAUAAAUGUGUGAGUGUAUUUGUAAAA